AUAACCUACUAUCAUUUAUACCCAACCCACCGCACCCAGAUUAGCACAUAUCACACACAUAGUAGCAAUAUUUCACAGUGUACCUUUAAGACCGAAUAGAAACUGGCUACAGAAGAGCAAAACAAGGAGACAAUGGAAACUUGGACGAUGGAAUAAGAAACUGUUUUGAACUCGUGCUGGAUAUUCUGGUGAACAGCAAGUCAUGCCUGAAGAGCUUCACGGAUUCGGAGCAUUGCUUUAGAUGAACGCUCGUCAGUUCUGUCGCACACUAUAAUGUUUUCGAAAGGGAAAUGGAAUGCGAAAUAUGAACUACUAGAAAGCAGAUCAAAGACAAAGCAUUCGAAGAAGAAUAUUUGCGCUCUGAAGAUUUUUUUUCUUUCUUACAUUUUAUUUGUGGUUUUCUUUAUAAUCUUUAUUUAUUUACAAGAUUACUUUAAAGCAACCUUUAACAAACAAAUUGGGCAAACCCAUGAAAGUAAAGACUCUGAUCAGCCUAAUCCUCCCCCAAGCACACAUUUGCCAUUGGCCCAAACAACACACGUCCACCACACAUCCACCAGUCCUCCGUCUCCAAAUGCGUGUGGUGUUCAAGUGAAGGACGGGCCUGUGAUUAAAGUUGACCAUCUUAACACUUAUGUGAUCGGCUCUUAUCUGGAUCAUCGUGACAGAGAGAAACAGAUAAAGACGAUCGCCAUUGUUCUCCGACAUGAGCCGGCCACGUACAGCUGUGUCAUGUGUUGUGAUGGGAGGAUCGUGACGUCGAAUGCCCAAUGCUUCAUUCAUUCUGACCACUUCAACUAUGAUUACGGCGCUGCUACCAUCACGUGUCCAAUCAGCAGCAGGUAUUUGACACCGACACAUGUUGCAAUCACAGCCGGUGGAGUCUCAUGGAGCAUAACAUCCUUUCAAUCUGUUAGAAACAGAGAGGUUCCAACAACCUUCCCGUAUGAUUUUACAGUCUGCCACUCUGUUAUGUACGACUACAAGAAUGUGUUGAUGUUAGUCGAGUCCCUGGAGAUGUCCAGACUGCUUGGUGCUCAGAGAGUGGUGAUUUAUAAAACCAACUGCGAUUCAGACACACAGAAGGUUCUGGACUAUUAUGAGAAAAGCGGUUUUGUGGAGAUCAUCCCGUGGACGAUUAAAAAGCACAUUAAAGUGUCUAAAGGCUGGAAGAUAGAUAUAGCACCAGGUCAGCUGCAGUACUAUGGGCAAAUCCCUGCACUUAAUGAUUGUGUUUUUCGUUAUAUGUACCAAACUCGCUAUCUGUCUCUACAAGACAUGGAUGAAUUUAUUCUGCCUAUCAAAGUGAAGACCUGGAGAGAACUGUUUCCAUUGCUUGAGGAGAUGUACGGUAAUGAUGUGGGCUUUGAGUUUGAGAAUAAUCAGUUCCCAAUGACUGCAAAGCAUUAUGCGGAUCACGACGUGGAAGCAUGGAAGCAUGUAAAGGGAAUAAAUAUUUUAAAUUAUAUCGAACGAGUACCCAACAACCCCAGUGCUUUCAACAAUUACAAGGUCAUAGUAAAUCCUCGUCUGGUUCAGAAGGUUACUGUCCAUGGCCUGCUGGAAACUGUGAACGGAAAGCCCACGGUCCGAGUGAAUAAUGCCAUCGCUCGCAUGUACCACUUCAAAAACUACACGUACCCACCGAACACAAACCUUAUAACAGACAGUCAUCUCUGGGACUACACCAAUAAACUUAAACCAGCUGUUUCUAAAGUUCUACAGGACUGUGGUUUAAUUGAAGCCUAGAUGGUUGUCUUGAAGUACUGUCUGUCACUGGUUUGAAAAAAAAAAAAAAUUAAAAAAGCCUGGCUGUAUGUGGAUGAUAUGCAUGGGGAACAGCCUACGUGUGAGUGGUUUGUUUGUUUGUUUACCUUUAUUUGAUCUAAGUGCUUGAAAAGAACUCUCAUGUAAAUAGAGUUCAUGUGCCAAACACGAUAUGUUGAAAGGCUUUCCCACUCAACUGUGCUUGAGACGCAGCAGAAACUGGAAAAUCAGCCUUUACACAUUUCUACAAGUUACACACUACCUGUAUAUAGAUAUUGAAUUUGGAAGAGGGAUAAAUUACUGUUUUUCUCUGAUAAUCAUCUUCAUCGGUGCAUACAAACAAUUACAGCUCAGGGCUUUAAGAAAAGUCUACAUUUACUCAUUUGGCAGACUCUUUUAUCCAAUUAUUUUUAUUCAGAAUAGUAAAAGCUAGGACAGGAAAGCAUCUAGGGAUAAUGAGAGCAUAGAAAAAGUGAAAGCAUAGAGGUUUUAUAACUAUUUUAUUUUUAGGAGGAUGCAGUUGGAUGCUCACGGAUGAGUUUUCAGUUGUUCAGCUGUCCGGAUGGACCUUGGUGGGUCACUCCACAGUGUGCAAAUAUGCAUGACCCUGAAGGUUAGCUGAUCCUCAGGGAUCACCCUGUUGUAAAAGUAUUUGCUU